AUGGCAGUUUUCGGCUGUUUAUCGAUGCUUUUCUGGCAGUUUUCUCAGUUUGCUUUUUUCACUCAAGUCGGAUCUCUGUUCGUCGUCUACACUUUUGACUUUAUUCCACGAAGAACUAUGGAAACGCUUCUCAAAGGGCAUCUGGUCACUUUCACUGUGGCGUUUGUGAUGCUGUUCGGUAAUGAAAUGCUGCUCACUUCUCUUUACAUUGCCAGUAUCCUAGCAGCCUUGAUAUUGGUGAACUGUGAACAGGUUCUGGGCAAAAUCACGUUACGACCCCUCUAUGUGGCACUGACGUCUUUAUGUUUUGUUGGUGGUACCCUUGGAAUCAAGCUCGGUGUUUCAACGCUGCUCAAUGUGGAAGAUGAUGCGCAUAUUUUCGACAUACUGCGAUCAAAAUUCACUAACUACUCGACAUUUCACACACGUCUUUACACAUGCUCAAAGGAAUUCGACUUCAUAUCGUUUGAG